AUGAGCAACGCGCCAGGCAAUACCGUGAUUCUCGGAGCGGGCAUCGUCGGCCUUUCCACCGCCUACUUCCUCUCGCAGACAGGCAACACGGCGCCGUCGAGCAUCCACCUGGUAGAUUCGAGCCCGCAGCUGUUCCAAUGCGCCUCUGGUCUCGCCGGCGGCUUUCUUGCUCGUGAUUGGUUCGCACCGUCGAAUGCUUCGCUCGGCGCCCUAUCCUACCGGCUGCACAAAGAACUCGCCGAAAAGCACAAUGGCAGGACGACGUGGGGCUACUGCCAGAGCACCGGCAUAUCGUUGAGCCAGGACAGCGAGGCUGCGGUCGGAGGCAGCGGCGAAGACUGGCUUCAGGAUGGAACGAGCCGAGCUCAGGCUACCAAUUCUAAGAGGACUGUGGGCAGCAAUGGGCCGGUUUGGCUGAAGCAGACGGAAGACGGCAACCUGGAGGUCAUCAGCCAGACCGGCACCACCGCGCAGAUUGAUCCUCUGCGCUUCUGCCAAUGGCUCCUCGGGCGAUGUCUGGAGCGCGGCGUUCAGCUGCACCAGCCUGCGAAUGCUAUCUCGGUCUUGAAGGACGAAAACGAUCAGCUGAACGGAAUUCGGCUCAGCAAGAACGGCGAAGAGGCAGACUGUAUGCCACGCACAAACCGCAUAGUGCCAUGCACGCGGCUCCUCAUCACCGCGGGAGCUUGGUCACCACGAGUCUUCUCUAAACUUUUCCCGAAAUCCACUACCCAACUUCCCAUCUCUGCGCUGGCCGGCCACUCCCUCCUCGUGCGGAACCCGUUCUGGGACGUGGAGGAAGAGAACAAGGAGAUAUGCCACGCCGUGUUCGCUACAGACACUCUCGGAUUUUCGCCAGAGUGGUUCUCCCGGAUCGGAGGCGAGCUCUAUCUGGCAGGCCUUAACAGCACGAUGAUUCCUCUCCCUGACGUCGCCACGGACGUCGAAAUCAACCCCUCUGCAAUGGAGCAGCUGAAGGACUGCGCUAAAGCAAUGGUGGGAACUGUCGAUGGAAAGAACAUGGAAGUCAUGCGAGAGGCUUUGUGUUUCCGUCCUGUGACGGGAAGUGGCCGCCCCAUCGUAUGUCGCGUGCCAGACGAGCAGCUCGGUGGUGGCUUGAAGACUCGUGGGGGAGGGGAUGGUGGAGUCUUCAUUGCGGCCGGCCACGGUGCUUGGGGUAUCUCGCAAUCGCCUGGCACUGGACUCGUCAUGUCCGAAUUGAUCGAAGGUCGCCCUACGUCCGCGAACCUGUCGGCAUUGGUCUUGCCAUCCUAA